AUGAGGAAGGCUCAUCCUAAGAGUGUUACACAGGUGAAUGGGAUAAAAUUCAUUGUGGGUAACAAGUUGAUACAAUUCACUACCCAACACUUUUGCCUCAUCACGGGGCUAAGCACCAAUAAACCUGCCACCAUUUCAGACCUACACACUGCCUUCAUCAAUUGCACAGAUGAUGAGGAUGUGGUAAAGCUUGGAAUGGUCUAUUUUGCCAUUUUUGUGCUAUUGGGUACUGAAAAGCAUGUGAACAUUGACAUGCGCUAUUUGAAGUUGGCCAAAGACCUAGAAGAGUUUGACAAGUAUCCAUGGGGUGCCGUGUCAUAUGCGAUGACAAACGCUUCACUUUUGAGGGCAGCCUGUUCAGAUUACCAACGAGUUAAAGUGACCCAAAAAAGAAAAAUAACCAAAAAAAAUGGAAAAAGAGCACAUACAAGAAUGCCAAGUGCUAGACCGAGAGAGUACACCGUAAAGGGGUUUGGCUUCGCUCUUCAGAUUUGGGCAUUUGAAGUCUUCCCAGCAUUGGAAGCAUUGCAUUUCGUGGUGCAUGAAGACAAUGGGCACAUCCCCCGAAUAUUACAUUGGAGGACCAACACGGUGGCCCGUUUUCGCGACCUCAUGAGUCAAGUUUAUGAAAAUGUUGAGGUUGAUGUGCAACUUCUCUGUCCCACUAAUAUUGAGAAGCAACAACCUUACUGGAGUUGUGGUGAUGCUGAGAACAAUGAAGAAAUUGUUGAAUUGUUUGGGGAUGAGGCCAAACAAAAUACCAGCAGUUCCAGUGAAGCAGCAAACAAGGAAGUUAAGGACACAUCUACCCUUCCCUCAUCUUCUAAUAUGAAUGAAAAAGGGCAGAAUGAGAUGUCACCCUUAAAUGAACCUAUUAGUCCGACUACAACAAAGGCUGAAAUGGAAGCAGAAGUCUGUGGUGAUGGAGUGGAAGCGUUCCCAGCCAUGCAUACACAAGGGGCUCAAAUGGAAGCAGAAUUCGAUGGUGAUGGAGUGGAAACCUUCCCAGCCAUGCAUACAGAAGGGGCUGAAAUGGAACAAGAAGUACCCAGUGAUACAAUGGGAGCCUUCCCAGCCAUGGAAGUUGAAGGCGCUGAAAUUGAGACUUUCGUUGGGGACAAACAAGUGUAG